GGGACGGUGCCUUUCGAUGUGCCUGCUAAUCUGACAGGAAGGAUGAGGGCUGCAGCUGCGGCACUGUUGGCGCUGCUAUGUGGACUGUGUGACGCGAGGGCCUCGGUGGGUGCUGGGGGCCCGACUACACUAACCCCAUCACUCGGCGACCAGCAACUGUCAGGUCAACCGGACUGGCUCAGAGACAUCCUGGAAAACGCCGUGAGAAGAAUCGAACAGCUGGAGAAGGAAAACAGAGCCCAGGGAACGACGCUGGCUGACCUCAUGACCAGGAAGGAUGCGGCCCAAACAGACCAGAUGAGUGACGUGGUGACCAGGCUGAGAACCAGCGAGAAGGAAAUGCAGGAACUUCAGACUGAGAGAGCAUAUUUAUAUGCCAGAGUGAGGGCCUGUGAGAAGAAUAUUAAGAAAUUGCAGGCAGAGAAUGAAGCUCAAGCGAUUGAACUGAGCUCUCUGGAGAACAGACUGAAUAUCACGGAGACAGACGUACAGAUCCUCCAAACAGAGAACACAGCCCAAAACACCGAGUUGGCAGACAUGGCAGCCAGACUCGCAACCGCUGAGGAAAAGCUGAACGGCAUACAUGGAAACAACACAGAGCAAAUAAUCCAACUGACAGCCUUGGACAACAGAUUGACUAUCACAGAGACAGAGAUGGAUGUCCUCCAAAAACAGAACACAGCCCAAGACAUUGAGUUGGCAGCCAUGGCAGCCAGACUCACAACCGCUGAGGAAGAGGUGAACGAUCUACAUGCAGAAAACACAGAGCACAUAACCCAACUGACAUCCUUGGACAACAGAUUGACUACCACAGAGACAGACGUACAGGUCCUUCAAACACAGAACACAGCCCAAGACAAUGAGUUGGCAGCCAUGGCAGCCAGACUCGCAUCUGCUGAGGGAGAGGUGAACGACCUACAGGCAGAAAACACAGAGCACAUAACCCAACUGACAUCCUUGGACAACAGACUGAAAACUGCUGAGACAGAGAUGGAUGUCCUCCAAAUAAAGGACACAGCCCAAGACACUGAGUUGGCAGCCAUGGCAGCCAGACUCAGAACCGCUGAGGAAAAGGUGAACGGCCUACAUGGAAACAACACAGAGCAAAUAACCCAACUGAAAUCCUUGGACAACAGACUGAAAACUGCUGAGAACAAACUGCAAACUGCUGAGACAGAGAUGGAUAUCCUCCAAAAACAGAACACAGCCCAAGACACUGAGUUGGCAGCCAUGGCAGCCAGACUCAGAACCGCUGAGGGAGAGGUGAACGACCUACAUACAGAAAACACAGAGCAUAUAACCCAACUGACAUCCUUGGACAAAAGACUGAGAACUGCUGAGACAGAGAUGGAUGUCCUCCAAAUAAAGGACACAGCCCAAGACAAUGAGUUGGCAGCCAUGGCAGCCAGACUCAGAACCGCUGAGGGAGAGGUGAACGACCUACAUACAGAAAACAUAGAGCACAUAACCCAACUGACAUCCUUGGACAACAGACUGAAAACUGCUGAGACAGAGAUGGAUGUCCUCCAAAUAAAGGACACAGCCCAAGAUACUGAGUUGGCAGCCAUGGCAGCCAGACUCAGAACCGCUGAGGAAAAGGUGGACGGCCUACACGAUAAUUCAGAGCAACUGACAGGCUUGGACAACAGACUGAAAACUACUGAGACAGAGAUCGAUGUCGUCCAAGCAAAGAACACAGCUCAAGAUACAGCGCUGAGCAACCUGGCCUCCAGAUUCACAUCCAACGAGGAAAACCUGAAGUACAUCCAGUCAGACAUUCUAGCCCAGACAGCUUCGAUACUCACCAUGGACAUCAGACUGACUAAGAUUGAGGGUCAGGUGUUCGAUUUGAACAACAACAAAACCGCCAUCUUUAUCCGACUUGGUGACAUUGAGCAAGAGGUGGACGAGCUUCGGCAAACCAUCACCGACAGACCCAAAGUGGCCUUCUCAGCUGGGCUGACCGAUGGAGGCGACGUCGGACCCUUCAGUGGCGAAAACACGCUGGUUUAUUCCAAAAUCUUCACCAACUACGGCGACGCUUACGACGUUACCACAGGCAUCUUCACUGCCCCAGUGAAAGGAGUGUACUCAUUCAUAUUCACUGCGAUGGAUAGACGCACCAACAACCAGAUGGGAGUCUACUUGAUCAAAAACGGCCAGCACGUCUUCACCCAUGUCCAGACCAACUACUCUGGCAGUCAUGAGUACAUUUCGGGAGAAGUGCUCUUACAGCUGGAGAUAGGGGACCAGGUGGAAAUGCGCCUCCCUCAGGGCUCGGGGCUCUACGACGACCAGUCCAACCACAACAUCUUCUCUGGCUUUCUACUCUUCCAGGCCUAACAGGAUGUGAUCCCCGCUCCAUCUUCAUACAGCUCAUUCCACUAAUCAGUGAGCUUUGCUGUGUUUAAUUGAACGGAACGGUACAGCAGAUGUGAGCUGCCAGUCACACCACUUUUGCUUGAUUAUCUAUAAAAUCAAUAAAAUUUUGGAUUUUCAUUUUGGUGGGUGGUACAUUUUUUAAUGUCAACAGCAGUUUUGGCAGUUUGAUAUUAAUUUUGGAAGUCAUCUUGACUUUCCUGGUACUAUGUAAGGUCAUUUCCCGACCACAGGAGCUGAGUUUGAUCCCUCAUGUGGCCGUAUCUAACGAUGUUUUCUCAAAUGUGAUACUUAACAAAUGAUGCCGUGUUUGUUAAAUGGGGCUGUGAUAACAAAGACUGUCCUAUGAAUGGAAUGUGCCGGUCCACACCACUGUGUCUGUCUAUCCAACACAAACAUACGUACAUACAUAGAUACAUAUACAUACAUACAUACAACACUGUUAGAGGGGGGCAGCUAGUGUGAUGGGUUUAUUUUAAUUCAGGUCAGCGUUUUAAAGUGUUUUUCUGUUGUGACAUGUCUGUCUUAUGUAGUAAAUCCUCUGAUCCA